AUGAGUUGUUGUUCUUAAAAUGGCGCCGUUGGAUCUGGACAAGUAUGUGGACAUUGCCCGGCAGUGCAAAUAUCUUCCAGAAAACGAUUUAAAGAGAUUGUGUGAUUAUGUAUGUGACCUGCUACUAGAGGAAUCAAAUGUACAGCCAGUAUCCACUCCAGUCACCGUUUGUGGGGACAUUCAUGGACAGUUUUAUGACUUAUGUGAACUCUUCAGAACUGGAGGACAAGUACCAGACACAAAUUACAUUUUUAUGGGUGACUUUGUGGACAGAGGGUAUUACAGCUUAGAGACAUUCACAUACCUGCUAGCACUUAAAGCCAAAUGGCCAGACCGCAUCACACUGCUGCGUGGGAAUCACGAGAGCAGACAGAUCACACAAGUAUAUGGUUUUUAUGAUGAGUGCCAAACAAAGUAUGGAAAUGCCAAUGCCUGGCGAUAUUGCACUAAAGUGUUUGACAUGCUUACUGUUGCUGCCUUGAUAGACGAGCAAAUCCUGUGUGUGCAUGGUGGCCUUUCACCUGACAUCAAGACCCUAGACCAGAUUCGCACCAUUGAGCGGAACCAGGAAAUCCCGCAUAAGGGGGCGUUCUGCGACCUUGUCUGGUCUGAUCCAGAAGACGUUGAUACUUGGGCCAUCAGCCCACGGGGUGCUGGCUGGCUGUUUGGUGCCAAGGUCACCAAUGAGUUUGUCCAUAUCAACAACCUGAAGCUAAUCUGCCGUGCUCAUCAGCUUGUUCAUGAGGGCUACAAGUUUAUGUUUGAUGAGAAGCUAGUGACCGUCUGGUCAGCACCAAACUACUGCUACCGCUGCGGCAACAUCGCCUCCAUCAUGGUGUUUAAGGAUGUAAACACACGUGAGCCCAAGCUGUUCCGUGCCGUGCCCGACUCUGAGCGGGUCAUACCACCCAGAACCACAACACCCUACUUCCUCUGAGGGCGAGGUCUGUGAUGCCCAACGAGUCCACCCUCCUCUGUUUCUCAUUUUGCCCAACCUUUGUUUUGGUUUUUGUUGUUGUUGUUUUUUUUAAACCAGAUGUUUUUUUUUUGUUUUUUUUAAGUGCAUCUACACUCACCAUGUUCCCCAAAAUUAGAUUAUGAUGGACUGUUACAUCAGAGCUGAAUAUUUCAUGAUUGUCAUGUGAAGAGUAAGUAAAGCUCCUUUGGUGCUUUAUAUUAAUCCAUUAUACAUGGGAUGUAAUCAUAUGUGGUACUAGAAUUCCAGAAAAAAAUCCCACGCACACAAGUUAGGCCGAGAGUGUUUAAUUAAACUGUGGUUUAAUCUGGCCUGGUUAUCCACAGACACAGAAGUGAUGUGGUGUAAUGAAUACUGAAGCGAGACUGGAGUGAGGGUGGACCAGCCGACGAGACAGUGGAGGCUGUGAUUAUUUUGUACAUUUAAAUAAUUGUAUUGAUUUAUUUCUCUUUUUUUCUCAGAUUUGUUGUAUUUUAUUAUUGUAGAAAUGGCGAUACACAUACCAAUUAAAUAUUGAAAAUAAACUGCUUUAUUAUUAACUUAA